ACCCCUCCAAAGUUUGGGGUAUUUAAAUUAUUUUUCCCUUAAUAUUCCCUCCCUGAAGUCCAAAAAAGUAGCUAAAACUGGGUGCAAACUCCAAUUUGGAAGUAAAACUUGGGUUAACCUUUAAUUUUCGGAGUGUGCGUAUUAAUCAUUUUGAAAACGUGGCGUAAGCUCAAAUUUAGAUGAGAAACUUGGGUGCAAACUCUAAUUCCCCAAAAUCCGUACCAAACAUGCCUUAGAAAGCACCAGUAGUCCCAGGCUGCAGACUGGGGCCUUGCAAGUAGAUGGGCUUAAGUGGAACCAACACAAGAGAACAUUUGAUGAUUAGAAUUAGAGUGGUCAAAGAAGGCCUAGCUCGUAGGUGAUACGGUGGUAACUAGGCCGGUAUUUUUGUAGCUCCUAGACGAUUGAUGCUUUAGCAUUACUUCUUACAUUUCAACAUACGUUAACAGUUUAUCUACAUUAUUUUUCUGAAAGCCUAAACACCUUCCGAGAUGUUGAUUAUUGUUACCGAUUGACAUUCUCUAAGGAGGUAAUUUUACUUGGUGCAACACUGUUGGUUUAUCAGCAUUGCUCGGAUCAAUUAGCAUGUGGCCCCGGACUGCAUAUGCGAUGGAUGACUUUGGUGCUUUUUUGGAUGAUGGUCACAGCUUGGGCUUAUUGGAAAAUCCCAAAACUAAGAAAGACCUUAGGGCUUUAUUUGUCUUACUAAAGAAACUACUUGUUCCUAUUUUCCUAGUGGCAACUGUUUUUGUAAAUUGGGGUCAUCCUCUCAUUAUUGCUGCAAAAGUAACUCUUAUUCUUUACACGACAAAGUCCAGCUCUGUCUCGAUUUAUCUCUUUGUUGAAGAGGUAAGUAACUAUGUGAAGCUCAAAAUGGUUGAAGUUGAUGUAGUGUGGUCGAAUGUGAUAAAAUUACUAAAUUUCGUAUAGAAUGGUUUUGUAUCUGCUGAAUUAUGUAAAAUUUUGAAAGAGUAUAUUAAAAUAAAUUAAGGAAUAUACCAAUAUAGUAUCAAAUAUAAAGCUAAAAGUAUCAUU